AUGAAGCUGCGCCGGGGUCGCUGGAAGCCAGAGGAUCCCAUGUGGACACUGUGGGCCUGUCGUCCUGAGUCUGCGUCUCCACUCCACAGGUUCCCUGUGGGCCGCUGGACCUCACACCCCUUCGAGGCGAAACAAGUGAGACAGGGCGUGAAAAGUAGGACCAUCCUGACUCCUCAGACCAUGGAAUGCCCCGUUCCAGUACAGGGAUCAAACAGCCUGGCUGGUAACCACAGCUAA